CACACUUACCAGAACACAAACAGAGUCUCAAUCAGAGGACCUCAUUCUAUUCACAAGACUCUGGGAACUCACCUUAAAGAAGAAGAACUGCUUAUUUGCCUUGUUUUUGCUGGAUAUUUCUUGUUCUUUCCUGGAUUUGGACAUCUGAGAUGAAGGGUCUUUUUUCCAUCGAGUGGUUGUCCCAAAGCAGCCAGGUCACAUGUAGCCCAGUAACUACAACACAUCUUUCAAACUCUUGGGUCUUCUCUGGCCAGGAGGGGCCCAGCACAUCUGGCACGGCUUCUGAGAGCCUCCCUGGCUUCUACAGCAGAUGGAGACCAGAAAUAAUGGAAAAUCAGGAGAAACAUAUGGAGCCAGUGCAGUCAGGAAACAGUUCUUUGAGUACAUCUAUGCAAGAGACAAACAGCAAUAUUGUCCAGCAACACACUCAUGCAUCAGAGCCAGGUUUCGGUAGCAGUGCAGAGGAGGAGGAGACAUCAGGGUAUGAGAGUGAAGAGUGUCGCUCUCUCUCACCUGGGGCCCCAAAGGACACGGCUCAAUCUGUAUCGCCGUCUGCUGGCCGCAGGCCCCGAACGGCUUUCACCGCUGAGCAGAUCAGCAGUCUGGAGAAAGCCUUCAAAAGAAACGCUUAUCUCGGAGCUCAAGACAAAGCAGAGCUCUGCAAAAGACUAAAUCUGUCAGAUAAACAGAUUAGAAACUGGUUCCAGAACCGCCGCAUGAAGCUGAAAAGGACCGUUCAGGACAGCUUGGCUCACGCGUGUCAGGCAAAGGUCGCGUCCCAUAUGAUGCACUAUUCUGACCUGCACAGUUACCGACCCGCUCCAUAUCCCAGCUACUACUCAGGAGUACAGGAGAGCCCGGCAGUUUACGCCCAGUGUCCCCCAGGCUUCCACUACAGUCCGGCCACAGCGGGAAGCAUCCCGACCCUGCCAGUGGAGGCCUUGUACCCGUACAGCACCCUACAGAGCUUGCCAGUGCAUCCUAGCAACACCUCCAUGAUGGCACCGUACCAGCCUUACCACUCUCAGUUCUACAACACACAGUGAGAACAGAGAACGCCAACAAAACAUUCAUUUCAGACCGUCAUUGCUUUUUUGGCAUGGUUUACAUGUGUGAAUACAGGGGGGUAAAGUGCAAUCGAAUGUGAUUCCUUGAGUUUGGUGAUGCUGUUUAU